AUUCAGUUUAAUGAGAAAUAUAGAAAACCAUACCUACUUUUCCAUUGAGGUCGUUAAAUGUCGAAAAGGAAAUACUUUUUGCAAGGAACCGUGUGAUAAAAUGGCACGCCGUGAGUUUUUCAAGGUACCCGGCCCUGUCCCAACUCUUAGCUCUUCAUUCACUGGUCAUACAGGCACAGCAUGUACCGACUGCAGGUACCUGUGGAAAGGGGGACCUAUGUUCAAAUGUAGCGAUCAGAUUCUUGCCCGGUAUCACAUUUCUCUGACCAGGUCGCUGGAAUUUGAGAUCAUGCUCUCGCGUCUGCCUGAUUGUCCGUCCCUCGUGAAGGAGUGCUAAAAUGUCAUUGCAUGCAACGCAGAAGCAGCUUCUGGAGACGCAGCUUUGGCCUCUGCCGUGAGCGUCUCUGCAUCCCCUCCCUGGCUCAAGACAAGACAGGGAGUGACCCAUUUAAGACUCCCCCCGCCGAGGCCAUUAGCCCCGCUGCCAUCGAUACGCAAAGCGUUUCAGAUCCUCCGUUGGGGAGGCAUAUCCACUGACAGGGCGCGUUAUUACUCAUUGGCCACACUUCCGUAGAUUGAGUUUCAGGCGUUAGGGAGCUCCCGAGUCAUCCUCCUGGGCGUUUAUGACACUUGUACGUGCGUCUGCGUCUGUCUGCCAUCGGAGGAGAGGCCGCUCACCUGCAGAGAGAGAGAGAGAGAGAGAGAGGGAGAGGACGCUGAAGACCUGGAAGGGGUCUGUGUUGCAUGAGAGGGACAGGAAACUGGGAACGCUCACUGCCAAAAAGAUGUCUCACCAAACUGGAAUUGAUGCUACACCUGAGCUCAAACAGUUUCUGGCUCGCGCGAGAAGAGGCUCCAUCAGAAUAAUGAAGAUCAUAAUCAGCAAUGAGGAGUUGGUGUUAGAUUCGUACAGAGAGCCGGCGCAGAGCUGGGACAAGGACUAUGAUCAGUUUCUGCUUCCUCUUCUCACGCCUCAGGAGCCUUGCUACAUCCUUUACCGUCUGGACUCCCAGAAUGCACAGGGAUACGAGUGGAUUUUCAUCGCUUGGUCACCUGACCAGUCACCCGUGAGGCAGAAGAUGAUGUACGCUGCGACCCGUGCCACGCUGAAGAAAGAGUUCGGAGGAGGUCACAUCAGAGACGAAAUGUUCGGCACAGUGGAGGACGAUCUGUGCUUUCAGGGAUACAUACGCCACAGAUCCUCCUGCUCCUCUCCAGCUCCUCUCACAGCGGCCGAGCAGGAGCUGCAACGAAUUAAAGUCACAGAGGAUAAAGUUGUGUGGGAUGAACGGAGAAGAAUCGCAACUCCAACAGCACGAGCGAGGGUCACGAUGGAGUUUGGUUUAGACAAGAGAGCGCAGACUCUUCAGGGUCUUGCAUUCCCCUUACAAGAAGAUGCCAAACGAGCUCUGCAGCAACUCCAGCAGAAACGCAUCAACUACAUCCAGCUGAGGCUGGAUGUGGAGAAAGAGACGAUCGAGCUGGUUCACACCAAACCGACAGAAACCCACGAGCUUCCCUUCAGGAUUCCCACAGAUUCCCCACGAUAUCACUUCUUCGUCUUCAAACAUUCCCAUCAAGGCCAGCCGCAGGAGGCGCUGGUGUUCAUAUACUCCAUGCCUGGCUACACCUGCAGCAUCAAGGAGCGGAUGCUGUACUCUAGCUGCAAGAACAGGUUACUGGAUGAGGUGGAGAGAGACUACCAGCUGGAGGUCACCAAGAAGAUGGAGAUAGACAGCGGUGAUGGUCUGACGGAAGACUUCCUGUACGAGGAGGUGCACCCCAUGGAGCACACCUUAAAGCAGGUGUUCGCUAAGCCCCGUGGACCAGGAGGCAAGAGGGGCAACAAACGCCUCAUCAAGGAGGCCGGAGAGAACGGGGAGGAGAAUUAGACGUUACGACCACCAGCUAAAUGCGAGCAAAUUUAGAAAUAUUUUAGAAAUGACCUGUUGUUUCACUGCUAAGCUUCUAGCCACAGCUUUAUUUUUACUUAAAGACAAAGUUUUAACGUGAAACCAAGUGAAAUGUAGAUCUAUACUGAAGUAAAACUCAUAAGGACACUAU